GGAUGUGUGCCGCAAACCGGCAGAUUCGACGUGCGCCGCUUACUGCACUCUACAGCGACACAGUCCCGGACUCACUGUGCCUGAACGGACGGACGGACGAGGCUCGUGCUCCCCCGGAACUCUUGUUUGACUCCGUCUUUUUCUCUUCCCACCCCCGGGGAUAUUGAAGCGGCUCGGUUCCCGUGUGCUGUGCGGCUCCCUCCAGUCCCUGAGGAAUGCCCAGAGAGCUGACUCAGAACAGGAUCCAAAAGAUCUGGGUUCCCACCAAGGAUGGCAAGCCGGCACCGCGGAGAGCUGCCGGCGCACCCCACCUCGCCAACCACCCCACUGUUAUCGUGAUGGUGGGCCUGCCGGCUCGAGGCAAGACGUACAUGUCCAAGAAGCUCACCCGCUACCUCAACUGGAUCGGCAUGCCCACUAAAGUCUUCAACGUGGGAGAGUAUCGCAGGGAGGCGGUAAAGAACUACAGCUCCUAUGACUUCUUCAAGCCUGAUAAUGAGUGUGCCGUGAAAAUCAGGCAGCAGUGUGCCUUAGCAGCCUUGAGGGAUGUCAAGUCCUACCUGAAGGACGAGGGAGGCCAUGUGGCGGUCUUCGAUGCCACAAACACAACAAGAGAAAGGCGAGACAUGAUCCUCCAGUUUGGCAGUGAGAAUGGCUUCAAGGUUUUUUUCAUCGAGUCUGUGUGUGACGAUCCCAGCGUUAUUGCGUCGAACAUUAUGGAAGUGAAGGUGUCGUGUCCAGACUACCGGGACUGCAACAAGAUGGACGCCAUGCUGGAUUUCCAUAGAAGAAUCGAAUGCUACAAAACCAGCUACCAGACUCUGGACCCUGAUCAGCGCGACAGGGACCUCUCCUUCAUCAAGGUGAUCGACAUAGGUCGGAGGUUCCUCGUCAACCGGAUCCAGGAUCACAUCCAGAGUAAGAUUGUCUACUACCUGAUGAACAUCCACAUCCAGCCCCGGACUAUCUACCUUUGUCGGCACGGAGAGAGCACCGACAACCUGGAGGGACGGCUCGGUGGCGACUCUGGCCUCUCGCCGCGGGGCAGGCAGUUUUCAGCUGCCCUGGCUCGGUUUGUGGAGGAGCAGCAGCUGGAGGAUCUGAAGGUGUGGACCAGCCAGUUGUGCCGCAGCAUCCAGACCGCUGAGCACGUGGGGGUCCCAUACGAACAGUGGAAGGCUCUAAACGAGAUCGAUGGCGGAGUGUGUGAGGAGAUGACGUACGACGAGGUGAAGGAGAAAUUCCCAGAGGAGUUUGCUUUGAGAGAUGAAGAUAAAUAUUACUACCGCUAUCCUGCUGGAGAGUCCUACCAGGACCUGGUGCAGAGGGUGGAGCCGGUCAUCAUGGAGCUGGAGAGGCAGGAAAACGUCCUGGUUAUUUGCCACCAGGCCGUCAUGCGCUGCCUGCUGGCCUACUUCUUGGAUAAGAGCGCAGAUGAGAUGCCCUACCUGAAGUGUCCCCUCCACACGGUGCUGAAGCUCACCCCGGUCGCCUAUGGGUGCAAAGUGGAGUCCAUCUCUCUGAAUGUGGAGGCGGUGAACACCCACAGAGACAGACCGGAGGAGGUGAAGAGGGGUCCUGGCACCUUGAUCAGGAGGAACAGUGUCACUCCUCUCACCAGCCCAGAGUCGAACAUCAAGAAACCUCGCAUCGAUGACCUGGACGAGGCUCCGAUCCAGGAGCUGCCUCCGUCUGUUGCCUCGCUGGCCCUGUGCAGCCCCUCACACCUCCCUCUCACCCUGGCCGGACAGAACCUGAGGAGGAGCUCAUCUGGUCGCCAUGACAUCCUGCAGCCCUGCCAAUGAAGCUGCACCAACGUGUCACGAGGCUCAAGAUGCCUCAACGUGGAUCACUGGCAAAGACGACAAUAACGUGAAUUAAUAAGGAAAAGUAAAAAUUCCCCCAACCGAAAAAUCAACAUUUCUCAGUUUGUCAAAUGUCAAGGAUCAACUGGGUAAUUGUGUAAUUUUUUACAUAGCUUUUUAUUGUUCAGAUAAUAUUGUCAUUUCAAAGGAAGACCCUUAAAUUAUAACUUUUUAUGCCAUUGUCAUUUUCUUUCUUUAUGAGACUGAUGGAUCUGUGUUUUCUGGGAAACCUUUUAGAAACUCGUGUGUGUGUGUGAGAGUGUGUCCUUUAUUCAGACUGAAGGAGGGAAACUUUGACUCAUUCCUGUUUCAUCUCACAGCUCAGAUGUGUCUCUCUUGGAAACCAGUUUCUCUUGGUUAAUUAUGUGACGAGAUCGAAGAUCUGACGCCCAGAACUUUCAGCUCGGUUUUAAUGCUCAUUAACAAUGUGGUAUCAUGAUGUAAUUGACUCCUUUGUAUGGUGACACAAAAUAAGGGAUCAUAUUGCACAGUGGGGAUACAUUUUUACUUUUCUUUGAUUCACGUGUCACUGUGUUGUUGUGACGGUAACGAAGGUGAUUUCUUUUUUUAACCGUAGAGUGCCUGUAGUGCUUGUUUUGCAAGCCUGACGCCGCUUUUCCUUUCAUCCCUCUGACUCACUUGAUUGCUUGAGGAGAGGCACCACAUUUCACCUAAUAACCCCAUAUCUCAUUUCAAUAUUUCAUUUUUCACAGUUUGAAUAUUUAUUUUUCACCGUGUCGUAGUUUCUACAGUCCGCGUUGAUCAUUUCACAAAGUUCCCUCUUCUGAUUGGGGAACUUUAAUUUUGCUUGGUUACCUAUUGCUGUCGUUGUCUCCAACGCACAAAUGCAAGCACUUAUAUUUUUGUUAUAACAAUGCGUGCUGUUAAUAAUAUACUUGUAAAUGUUAGUGUACAUACAGUGUAGCUAGAAAUGUGUGGGGGAUGACUUGGAAGUCUUUUAAUGACACAAAUGUGUGUGUAUAUUACUGUUUUUGUACUAGUGUGUUGGGACUGAAUGGAAAGCAGGAAAUCUGUUGAGAACGAAGCUGCUGCUCACCUCUCUCAGUAAAACUGUAAACACGUUUGCUUGAGAUACUUGAAUUUUUUUUUCUUUUUGUAAAAAAACCCAGUUUUGUUAUACUCUUAAUUUAUUUUAAUGUAGUUUUGAAUGACUGCUAGGAGCAAGAGGCACCUUGUUCUAAUCUGAUGACUGCUACGCAGGAGAGGACAGUAUGUUGUACAGUUGAUUUUGCUGGACCUUCCGGACCAAUAAAUUCAAUCUGGGAAAAAAACAAAAAAAAA